AUGGACUUCGACAUCAGUACAGAACUAUCCACCCAUUCCAUUGAGUUCACCCCCAUAAAUAUCCGCACCGACCACGGACGGGAAGUUGCCAAUGCAGCGAUGAAUGAAGCGAACGACAACGGGGAUGAGCAGCCUCUAUCCGGCAUCGAAGCAGAAGAUGAGGAAAACAACACCAACGCCUCGCCAGUGUCGAUGACCAAAAAAGAAACCCCUAAACUCGGCAAGCGCACUGGCAAGCGCGCCUCCCCCAAAACCCCUUCUAAGAAAUCCAAGAAGGAUACCGGGGUUGUCGCCGGAAAUGGCACUGGUACACCGGAAGGAGCACCAGCCCGCGCAACUCUUCCCCCCAUCCCAACCAGCCUUGCAACAGCGGGUGAAAUGGACCGUAUGAUCCUACACCUGCGCGACGAGGAAAAGCAGCCAUGGACGCAGAUCAACAGGCUCUUCACUGAGAAAACGGGGAUCAAGGUCGGUAGUACGACACUUAGAUUACGCUGGAGUACUAUGAAGGCGAAUUUUGUGGGGAUCACGAUCGAAGAUGAAGCACGUCUUCUCCGGUUGAAAAAGGAGAUUGAGGACAAAUUCGAGCAGGAAAAGUGGCAUCGUAUCAUGGAGGCGAUUCAGAGCGACGGCGGGGAGAAGUAUCCUAUUGCCGUGCUCCAGAAGAAGUUCAAGGAAUUGAGCAAGAACGCUGCUACAUCUGCUCAUGAAGCAGCUUUUGGGACUGAUGAUACUAAGGAGUAG